UACGUAAUAAACAUGGCUGCGCCCGUGAAUGACACUUGGUUACCCGGUAUUUCACUAAAUCAUUUACAUGCAUCUUCCUUUAUGGCUGGCUGCAUACGUCUGCUGUCGUGUAAUAGCAGUGUCGUUACUGUGAAUGAUGUUGUAGCUUGUUGUAUCUCUGGUUAAAACUAGUUAGUAUACCCCUGACCUCGCUUACAGCGGAAGUACUCAGUCAUUCCACGCCCCUCGGUGCUUGUGAUGUAACCUAGGUUCUAGUUGAUGUGACAGAGCUUUGAUAGAUCGGUUUUACAUUGGAGGAUGCUGCUCCUAACUCUCCGCUCCGGUCUGGCACUCAGUAGAGUACAGACACUGCGCUUUGUGCACUCGGGCCCGCAAAAUGGUCCACAAUGGAGAAAUUUUAUCCAGAAGAGAUGGAAAAGCACUACAGUGUCAGAAAUGGCUACUCCAUCCAGAGCUGCUGUCAAAUCUUUACCCAAUUCUAUGGCAGAGCGUGUCAUGGGGCGGUGGCUUCUAGUAUGCAGUGGUAUGGUUGCUGGUGCAGUCAUCUUAGGUGGAGUAACCAGGUUAACAGAAUCUGGGCUUUCAAUGGUAGAUUGGCAUUUAAUUAAAGAAAUGAAGCCACCCAGUACUCAAGACGAAUGGGAAGCAGAAUUUCAUAAAUAUCAGCAGUAUCCUGAGUUUAAAAUCUUGAAUCAUGACAUGACUGUCAACGAGUUUAAAUUCAUCUGGUACAUGGAGUAUUCCCAUCGCAUGUGGGGACGGGCAGUGGGACUCGCUUACAUUCUUCCGGCUAUCUACUUUUGGAGGAAAGGCUGGUUUAAUCGAGGAAUGAAAGGCCGCGUUCUUGGCCUUUGUGGCUUUGUUUGCUUUCAGGGUCUUUUGGGUUGGUACAUGGUAAAAAGUGGAUUGGAGGAAAAACCAGACUCGUACGAUGUUCCCCGUGUCAGCCAAUACCGUCUGGCUGCACAUUUAGGGUCUGCACUUGUUCUGUAUUGUGCAAGUCUUUGGACAGGCUUAUCUCUUCUUCUUCCAAAACACACGUUAACAGAAACCAGUCAACUGUUGAAGCUAAGGAGAUUCACACACUGGACAACCGGCCUUGUUUUCCUUACAGCUCUUUCUGGUGCCUUUGUUGCAGGAUUAGACGCUGGACUUGUUUACAACUCUUUUCCUAAAAUGGGGGAUCGUUGGAUUCCAGAUGAUAUUCUGGCUUUUUCCCCAGCAUUGCAGAACUUUUUUGAAAAUCCCACAACAGUGCAGUUUGAUCACAGGAUCUUAGGGAUCAGCUCUGUAGCCGCCAUCACUGGGCUGUAUUAUUUUUCACAAAGGAUUCCACUUCCUCGCAGAACAAAGCUGGCACUAACUUCCCUGAUUACUGUUGCUUAUUUACAGGUCACUCUGGGCAUAAGUACACUUCUCUUAUAUGUUCCAACUCCAUUAGCAGCAACACACCAGUCUGGGUCGCUGGCUCUCCUUAGUAUGGCAAUAUGGCUAAUGAAUGAAUUAAGACGCGUUCCUAAAUAGUAUACUGAAAAUUUUAAAACCUUUUUUCUCUCCAUCUUUUGAAUAUAUUGGCCUUUGUUACAACAAUGCACAUUUUCUACAAUUGUGUAGCAACAAAAAAUAAUAAUGCUGUAUAUAAAUUUGUACAUUUUGACUUGAAAAUAUAUAUUAAGUAAAGUAAUUAUGUAACUUU